CGUCAACUCCAUCGAGGCAUCCACAAUACACUGCACUACUGCAGUUAGUAUACUUAUCUAAUAUCUAUGUUCCACAGUCGAUUACACCUACAAAAUAGUUCGACGACGACGUCCGCAUCGCAACCGGACCUACCGCAGCCACCGCCACCACCAGGCACCAACGUUCAACAGCAACAGUAUCGAGUAGCCAUUAGCCGAGUUGCCGCACCGAUCUUAACUCGCGGCCAUUUUGAUCGCCGUUUUCGCUGCGAUUCGUCGGCCCUGCCGUCUUACCAAUUACCAGUGCGUGUGCUCGGCGGCCGUCCGGUGCGUGUGCCUUUCAGCGCGCGACGCACUCUGUCUCCGAGGGCUCCCUCCGAACAUCGUCAUCGGGCGGUCUGAGAACUACGUCGUCGCACCGUGACCCAUGUUUUAGCUCCAGUCCUGUCUCGCGUAUGAGCAACGGGCCCCCAGUGCCCUACUCUCCACCACCACUGCCGCCUAACUACCAGAGUCCGGUCCGGCCACUGUCAAUUCAGACACCGUCAAGAAUCGUACCCAAGAGGAGUUGUAUAUUUAACGUGCACAAAUGGAAUCAGACAAUUCUUCAAAUUCUGAUGACUCUCAAUCAAAUAAUUCAAGCAGAUCUGCGUCGCCAGACAAUCUUAUCAGAGAGCAAUCUGUCAGUGGUUCACCUUCAGCAUCCAGUCAUAACUCAGCCCCCAGUCAUAAUUCUGCCCCACAGAGCCCCGACAAUAACACGUCUGGGUCUCAAAGCAUUGAUAAUGGAAUACAAAGUCCAGAACAGGACAACGAUGAUGAAGAUGAUGAUGAUCCUCAGUCACCUGAUAGUUCAUCAUCUAAAUCAAAAAGUCCUGCUGUCGAACCUUGUAGCCCUGAUCAUCAACAAAAUGAUGAGCCACUAAGUCCGAGUUCAGAAUCUAGUUCAUCGAGUCGUGUAUCUUCUACGGCUGGUUCUCCAGACAGAAAUAGCCAUUCUCGACCGUCAUCCAAAGUAUCAUCAAGAAGCAAUGAAUCGGAUAAAGAAACUAAGGAGCCUCACGAUAAUUAUUUAUCGGAUGUUUCUGAUGAAGACUCAAUGGACAAUAUAAAUGAUGAUAAUGCUUCCCAAAAAAGUGCAAAAGAAUGGAAAAGCGAUAAUGACACUUCUUCUCCUUCGAAAGAAAUUGUUAUUCCAGUUAACGGUCAUAAUAAUCUGGAUGUUAAGACUGAGCCUAAUGUAGUUAAUGAUCCUGAAGAACCUUUAGACUUUGAAGCUGAUGAUGGGGAAGAUGGAGAAUGCGAUGAACCAAAACAAGUUAAAGACGAGACUGAGAUAGAAGAAGAAAUAGAACCAGAGGAACUUGAAGAAGGUGAAGUUUCUGAUGAAGGUGAACAUCGGCCAGAAGAAACAGAACCCAGGCCGAUAUGUCGAUUUUAUUCGAGAGGACAAUGUACCUGGGGUGUAAGCUGUCGAUUUUUGCAUCCGGGCGUCGCAGACAAAGGCAAUUAUUCAAUGUUUGAAAUGGUACGCCCGAUACCACCACCUGGUGGCCUACCGCCGUUUUAUCCAAAUGAUUCUUAUCGAGCACAUGAAAGAACUUUGAUUCCUGGAGGUCCGAUUCCACCAAUAAAAAAAGAUGAUAUACCUCCUGUAGAAACUGCUUGGGAACGAGGAUUACGUCAAGCUAAAGAGAUACUUAAAAAGUCUAAUAAAAAAAAAGAAACUGAUAUUGACUUUGAAGAAAAAAAAAUGAACUUAACAUCAAAUCAAGAAGAAGUAGAAAAAGAAAAUGAUUACUACGCACAGCGUCCAACUAGUCCAACUGCUUCACCUGCCCUAAGUCCUCCUAUUGAAAGAUUUAAACCUGAUUUAGAAGCUCGGCAUCAUAGGGGUCCUCCUCCAGAUGCCUAUGUGGAUGAAUUUAUGCCACCACAAGUAGAUUUUUACCAUCACCGACCAGAAUUUUGGCCUCCUCAUCAUGGUCGUCCUUUACCACCACAUUUUCCUCCUGGACAUCCAAUAGAUUUUCAUGCCCCCCCACGGAGAAAUCCAUAUUUUCCAUAUCCACCCCCUGAUCCUUAUUAUCAUUCAGGUUUGAAACCUCAUCACCGAGGCUUGCCUCCUAAAUACCCUCCUAAUAGAGAAGUAAUUAUGCAGCGUUCUGAAAAAUCUUACAGCCCUCAACCUUCUGGUCAUCGCAAUAGACGAGACAGGUCAUCAAGUCGACCACGUAGAGGAGAUGAUUGGUCUGAUCCAUGGAUGAGAUCUAAAUCACCUGGAGGCCGAUCUAAACUUAGAGGAAGAAAGAAGUCUUAUUCUUCUCAUUCUUCAUUCUCGUCAUCAAGUAAUGUUAAUAGGUCUAGCAGCAGUUCAAGCAACUCAACUUAUACCUCACGUAGUCGUUCAAGAGGUAGAUCUAAUUCAAUUACAAAAAAUAGGAAGAAAGCACCUCCAAUGUCAUUUAAAACAUCCCCUGGCCGUAAGACAAAUAGAAAGCCAGAGAGAAAUCCUUCUCCUGAUGCAUUUGACAAAAAACCAAUGAGUCGAUCAAUGAAUCCCCCAGUUCCAACUAAUAGAUGGUCUGUUUCCCCUACAAAUACACCAGCUUCUAUACAACCUGUACAAAGAGCAAGACAAAUGCCAAUGCCACCUAGGUUUGCAGUAAAUAAACCAAGCGGAGCUAAGUCUCCAGCUACUACUCAUACCUCUUCAUCUUCGUCAAGCAGUGAAUCAGCCUCUGGAACAGGUUCUUCAGAAUCUUCUGAUUCAAGUGGUUCAGAAACUUCAUCUGAAGGAGGGAGUCCAAAACAAAAAAAAUUAGGAUUAUCUCCUAACAAAUUACUUAAAAAAAAGAUGCAAAAGGCGCAAAUGAAACUAAAUAAGAAGAAAAUGGGUGCUCCAACUAUUCCUCCAGUUAAAAAAGAAAAAUCAGUUUCUCAAGGGAAAAAGAGAUCAUUGGAAUCUGAUAAUGAUGAUACUAAAAGUUCUUCUCCACCAAGAAAGAAAGGAGGAGCAGCACCAUCAAGACGAGAAGAGUUAUUAAAACAACUGAAGGCCGUAGAAGAUGCCAUCGCCCGGAAAAAGUCCAAAGUAGCAUUGUAAAUAAUUUAAUUUAUUUGAAUGAUAUUAAUUCUCGACUUAAUAGUUGUUAAUUCGAUAUUAUGUAUAUAGUUUUAAGUACAUUAGUAUUUUAACAUUAAAUGAUUUUUAUCUCAUAUACAUAUAAUUUGAAAAACAAAAUAUUUUAAUCUUAAAUUAUAUUGUAUGUGAGAUUGUCAAUUUUUUUAUAUAUAAAUAUAUAUGACAAUAUUAAUGAUAUGAUUAAAAAAAAUUUGAAGAAAAUUAAUGAUUUGUGCGUUUUAAGUCGAGCUUACAUUCCAAAUGCACUUCUUUGUAUUAAUAAUUUGAGUUCAAUCAGAGAAUCAAAGUUUGAAAUAUUUUUAAUCCUAAAAUUAGAAUAUAUUCUCGACUUAAUGUAAUAUGUUUAUCUUAAAUGUAUUUUGUUUUAUAAUUAUUGUUGUUGGUCUUAUAUUGACAAAUUGAAAUGUUGAAUUAUUUAAAUGUACAACAUAACUGUGGUAAAACUGAAAUAUAUCGUAAAAUUUCUAA